AAACAAAUGGCUAACCUUAAGAUUCUAGCAAUUUUUGUGGCCUUGUGUGCCUGCCACAUUUUGCCUUCUGAGGCUGUUUGUGGCUAUGAGUCAUGUCCUGAAACAAAGUCGAAUAUGAUCAACAUUCACUUGGUUCCUCACUCCCAUGAUGAUCUGGGUUGGCUGAAGACCGCCGAUCAGUACUAUUAUGGGAAUAAGCAUAGCAUUCAGCAUGCCGGUGUGCAAUAUAUUUUCGAUACAGUUGUCGCUGAACUCGCCAAGGAUUCACGCCGACGAUUCAUUCAGGUGGAGACAGCCUUCUUUGCCAAGUGGUGGCAGGAUCAGUCGGAGACUAAGAAAAAGCUGGUGAAGAAGUUGGUAAACGAAGGACGCCUGGAGUUCACUGGUGGAGCUUGGAGCAUGAAUGAUGAGGCUGCUGUUAACUAUCAGAGUGUGAUUGAUCAGUUCACAGUGGGUUUAAAAUUCCUUAAUGACAACUUUGGCGUCUGUGGAAGACCCCGCGUUGGCUGGCAAAUCGAUGCAUUCGGUCAUUCUCGAGAGCAGGCUUCGAUAUUUGCCCAAAUGGGUUUCGAUGGCCAGUUCUUUGCCCGCAUGGAUCAGAAUGACAAAAACAAGCGAGUGGAUAACCUGGGUCUCGAAAUGAUCUGGGAUGCCAGUGAGACCCUGAAAGAUUUAGAGUUCUUCACGGGAAUGCUCUACAACCAUUAUUCGGCGCCUCCUGGCUUCUGCUUUGAUUCCCUUUGCCAAGAUGAUCCCAUUAUUGAUGGCAAGAGCUACGAUAAUAAUGUCAAGUCCCGGGUAGAUGAUUUCAUCAACUAUGCCACUAACCUGGCCAAAUAUUAUCGCUCCAGCCACAUUAUGGUGCCCAUGGGUGAUGACUUUCAAUACGAAAAUGCAUACAUGAACUACAGGAAUAUGGACAAACUUAUCAAGUAUGUCAACGAACGCCAAGCAACUGGCUCCAAGUUUAAUAUCUUUUACUCGACGGCUGGUUGUUAUUUAAAUUCCCUACACAAGAGUCUUCAGAGCUGGCCCAACAAGACCCAGGACUUCCUUCCCCAUUCCCACGAGGCGAAGAGCUUCUGGACCGGCUUCUUCACCUCACGUCCUACCCAGAAAAGAUUCGACGCAUGGAAUCACAUACUCCAAGUGGCCAAACAACUGAGUGUCCUGGCUAAUCUUUCCAGUGAACAGCAGACUAAGGACUUGGAAUAUCUGCGUCAGACCAUGGGUGUGAUGCAGCAUCACGACGCCAUCACUGGAACCGAGAAGCAGGAAGUCUCCAAUGACUACGAUCGACUUUUGUAUGAUGCCAUUUUAGGAGGAGCAAACACAGCCCGCGAUGCUUUAAGAGUUCUAACCAACCAACCGAAUGGCGAAUUUGAAAGUUGUCUGAAACUGAAUAUCAGCGAGUGUGCCUUUACCAAGGAUGGAGCGGAUAAUGUGGUUGUUACCUUGUAUAACCCAUUGGCACACACUUCAACGCAGUAUGUGCGAGUUCCAGUGAAAAAUGAAAACUACGCAGUGACUAAUGAAAAGGGCCAAGUUGUGGCGUCUGAGGUGGUGCCAGUUCCCUGGCAGGUUUUGGCUCUGGAGCACCGUAACAACGAUACGCAGCAUGAGUUGGUUUUCAAGGCUACUGUCAACAAGAUUGGUAGUUUUUACAUCAAUAAGGUUGAAGAGCAGCAGAUGGAUAUUCCCAACCGCUUCAAGAAGGUUCACUUAUUGAAGAGCGAUGCUGGGACCUAUGACGAUGGGGAGACAAUUGUGCAGACUUCACUUAUCAAACUCGCUAUAGAUAACAACACAGGUCGUUUGAAAACCGUUGAAAUGAAUGGAGUUUCCGAAAGCAUUGACCAGACCUUUGGAAUGUAUAAAACUGCCCGUUCUUGCCAUUACAUUUUCCGCCAGGAUGCAGACUUGGAACUUCUGGAAGAUCCUGUUGAGUUUUCCGUUUACGAUGGACUUUUGGUCAAGGAAAUCCAUCAGAACUUUAACGAGUAUGUGUCCCAGGUGAUACGCAUCUAUGAGGGCGUAAACCGUGUAGAAUUCGAAUGGUUAGUGGGUCCCAUCCCGAUAGAUGAUGAACUAGGCAAGGAGAUAGUCACUGUUUUUAAGAGUGGAAUUUCCAACGAAGGAGUCUUCUACACCGACUCAAAUGGCCGUGAAAUGAUCAGACGCGAAAAGGACAAGAGGGAGGACUUUACUCCCGAUCUCAGUGAACAGCCCGUGAGCGGAAACAUUUAUCCGGUGACCUCGAGGUUUGCCAUGCAGGACAGUAGCCGGCGAUUGGUGAUCCUCAACGAUCGGUCUCAGGGUGGAACUAGCUUGGAAAAUGGACGUGUGGAGAUGAUGCUCCAUCGUCGUCACAUUUUUGCUGACGGGUCAGGUGCUGCCGAAGCCAUUAACGAACAGCAAUUUGGAAAGGGUCUUAUUGCCAGGGGAAAGCUUUUCCUUUCUCUGAGUGCUGUCGAGGAAGGAGUAACUGCCGCCGAGCGUGUGGCCGAGAAGGAGAUUCAUUUGCCUUUCUGGAAAUUCUUCAGCAAGUCCACCGAAGUUAGGAAAGUGUCCAAGACGCUGCCUGACUUUAAUGGAUUACCCGAAUCGGUUCAUUUGCUCACUUUGGAACCCUACUCCAAGGAUGAGAUUCUGCUGCGUGUGGAGAACUUCUUGGACCAGACGGAGGUCAGCACGAUUAGCUUUAAUAUCCGCCAGAUCUUUGAUAGUUUGGGCGGUCUGGAAAUUAGGGAAACCACUUUGGAUGGCAAUCUUCCUCUGAGCGAUAUGAAACGUCUGAAAUUCCCACACGAUGGCGCUGGACUUAUUUCCUCAACUCCUGAGUACUUUACAAAGCACAAGCCUUUGGCAGCGAACAAGUCCCAGGAAGUUUCCGAGUUCAGUGUCACUGAUCCCAUGCAGAUUCGAACUUUUAUUAUAAGAAGGAGUUGGUUUAAUUCAGAACUAAUUUUAUGA